CUAAAAAAUUACCACUUUUACUCGUAGGUUCACUGUGUUUCUGUUUUACACCAAACAACUGCGUGUGUUUCUGUGCUAUUUCGGUUUUGUGAAUGAAUAAAAAUGGCGACCCAAAACAGGAAAAUUCACCAUCCGGACGAUAUUGUGAUCUCGGGAAUUUCAGGAGUGUUUCCGAAUAGCGAAAAUUUCGAAGAAUUUAAAGAAAAUUUACUAGCUGGAAAAUCCAUGAUCAUACCAGUUGAAAGAUAUGGAAGAACGAUGCACAUAGGCGCAGUAAAGACACUUGAUCGUUUUGAUCAUACUUUUUUUCAUAUAACUCACCAAGAAGCCGGAUGCAUGACAAUAGGAGCAAGGAUUAUGCUCGAGAAAACAUUUGAAGCGAUUUUAGAUGCAGGUUAUAAUCCUCAACAAAUAAAGGGCAAGAAAAUAGCUGUCUUGGCCGGAGUAUGGGAUGGUAGCCAUGAAGGUGAUCCAGCUUAUGAUUUAAGAAUUGAAAAUUACAAAGAGGGUAUAAGCAGAACGCAGUUCAUGUUCGCUAACAGAAUAUCUAAUUUUUUGGAUUCAACUGGACCCAGUUGCACUGUGAAUACAGCAUGUUCGUCGUCAAUGUACGCGUUAGAUAUGGCUAUAAAAUACAUUAAGAAUGACCAAUGCGAUGGGGCAAUCGUAUGUUCGUCGAAUUUCAACUUUUCUACCGAAGAAUUCAUGAAUUCAUUAGCACUUGUAAACAAUACAGGGCUUUCUGCACCUUUUGAUGAAAGCGCUGGUGGUUACAUUAAAAGCGAAGCUGUAGUGAGUAUUUUUCUACAAAAACGCAAAGAUGCGAGAAGAAUUUACGCUAAUGUCAUUCACACGACAACCAACUGCGAUGGAUUCAAAAUGGAGGGUUUCUCAUUUCCUUCUGUUGUGCAACAAAAGCAUCUUUACGAACAGUUCUACAAACAAAUCAACAUCGAUCCGAAAUCCAUAUCGUAUUUAGAAGCUCAUGGUACAGGGACACAGGUUGGAGAUGUUGUAGAAGGCACCUCGAUUGAAGAAUUUUUUUGCAAAGAUCGCGAAACUCCUCUGAAAUUUGGAACAGUUAAAUCAAAUACAGGUCAUUGUGAAGCAGCAGCAGCUUUAUGCGGUAUUGCUAAACUAAUUGUGUCUUUCGAGACUGGAACCAUUCCACCAAAUAUAAAUUUCAAGAAUCCAAAUCCGAACAUCAAAGGUUUACAUAAUGGAAAACUGCAGAUUGUUACAGAAUCAACGCCUAUAGAAGGAGAAUAUUUUGGUUUGAAUUCAUUCGGAAUUGGAGGAGCCAAUGGUCACCUGUUGUUAACUCCUCAUAAUAAAAUCAAAAUAGCUAACAAGCCGAGUGAUGAUGCAAUACCGAAAAUUGUAACCGUUUCUGGACGAACCGAGGAAGCUGUCGAUUGCAUUUUCAACGACAUUGAAAAAAAUCAUCAAGAUGAAGAAUACGUAGCUUUGUUACACGAGAUUUUCAGCGACGAUAUAAGCGGGCAUCUUCACAGAGGAUUCAUCAUUUGCCACGAAGACAAGCCUCACACAAAAUCCAAAACGUUUUUCUCCGGCGAUAAACGACCUGUAUGGUUUAUCUUUUCUGGUAUGGGAUCGCAAUGGCCUGCGAUGGGAAGAUCGUUGAUGAAAUUACCCAUAUUCGCCGAAUCUAUUCGCAAAAGUCAUCAAAUCAUGUUGGAAAGGGGGAUUGAUUUAAUCAAAAUAAUAACGGACGAUAAUUCCGAAAUGUUUGACAAUAUUUUAAACUCGUUUGUGGGAAUAACGGCAAUUCAGAUAGCCCUGUUUGACAUGUUGAAAUCUGUGGGUAUUUUUCCGGAUGGAAUAAUAGGUCAUUCUGUUGGAGAAUUAGGAUGCGCAUAUGCAGACGGAUGCUUAACAGCUGAACAAACUAUUCUGGCUGCAUAUUAUCGUGGUUUGGUUUCGAUAGACGUUCAAUUAAUUCAUGGUUCGAUGGCUGCUGUCGGAGCGGGCUACAAAACGAUGACAGAUCUGAUCCCGGACGAAAUUGAAAUCUCUUGUCACAAUAGUUCAAAAAACUGCACGAUAUCUGGUCCUACAUCGAAAAUGGACGAAUUUAUCGAACAAUUGGAGGCAAAAGACAUAUUUGUUCGAAAAGUUAACACAUCCAACAUACCAUAUCACAGUCGAUACAUCGCUCCCUUGGGCCCGAAAUUAAUGUCACAUCUGAAUAACAUCAUUCUCGAACCAGAACUUCGUUCAGAAAAAUGGAUAUGCACUUCGGCUCCAGAACACGAAUGGCAUACUGAUGCGGUGAAGUAUUCUUCCGCAGAGUACUACACGAAUAAUCUACUAAACCCGGUAUUUUUCGAAGAAGGAUGUCAUCAUAUUCCUAGUAACGCUAUCACCGUGGAAAUAGCUCCUCAUGGGAUUUUAAACGCUAUACUUAAACACUCACUGCCUGAAACUGCGACGAAUAUUUCAUUAACGAUGAAAAAUCACGAAGACGGAAUUGAAUUUCUCUUCAACUCACUGGGAAAAUUGUACGAAGCAGGCUGCGUCUUCAAGCUGAGUGAAUUAUAUCCUGCGGUUGAAUUUCCAGUCAGCAAGUCUACUCCAACCAUUUCCUCGUUGAUUAAAUGGCAACAUGAUGAACAGUGGUCAGUUGGUAGACUAACCCAACAGGACACAAUUGCCGAACGGAAUUUUGUCAUUCAGCCAGAUGAUAGUUCGUAUGAAUACAUAAGAGACCACGUUAUCGAUGGAAGAAAUCUAUAUCCUGGAUUAGGAUAUCUGUGGUUAGUUCUGGAUACGGUGGCAAUCGCCCAAAAAACCACAGCGACCAAGAUUCCGAUAGUUUUCGAGAACGUUCGCUUCGAACGAGCAACCAACGUUCCUCGGAAAGGUGGGCUCAAAUUUCACGUAGCGAUUCACGUUGGUAGUAAAAUUUUCGAAGUGACUGAAAACGGAGCCACUGUAGCCACAGGGAUCGUACGAGCGCUGAAAAAUGUUGAUAAAGAAAUGGUAGACCUGGAACCUAUUGAUUACACAAUUUCCAAUACAGAUGACGAGUAUUUGAGCACUAGCGAUAUCUACAAGGAGAUGAGAUUGAGAGGAUACCAGUAUAAAGGAAUGUUUAGGAAUAUUGCGCGGGCUAAUUUCGAUGGUACUUAUGCGGAAAUAUCCUGGCGCGAGAAUUUUGUUACCUUCAUGGACAGCAUGGCUCAGCUACAGAUACUGAACCUCGAUACUCGCGAACUUCUCGUACCGACGUUUGUACGCAAAAUCGUUAUUGACUUCGAGAAACACUUUCAAAUACUGGAAUCUUUGGACAAAGAAAAUCCCAAAUUUCCAGUUCAUUUUUACCCUAAUUAUGGUCUGAUGAGCUCCGGGGCUAUUCAAAUGAGUGGUUGGCGAGGUACUGCCAUCCCUCGUCAAAAAAAUCUAGCCGAGCCACUGUUGGAGAAAUAUCACUUUGUGCCCUAUAUCAACGACGAGGAAAUCGAAUUAAAUCUGGCGAUCCAUCUAUGCGUUCUAAUUGCAUUGGAAAACACGAUGGAAUUUCAAGUUAAAAGUUACGAGAUGCUUGAUUCCGAUUAUAAUUCAGAUUAUUCCAUAAUGUCGCCAAUGAUUUGGGAUGCAUUAUGCAAUAUACCAAUGGUUCAGGCUAACGUCAACAUUUUGAAAAGCUCAGAUCUUGAGGCAGAAAUAGAAGUCCCGGAUGAAAUCACCAUAUCGAACGAAAAUUUACCAAAAGAUGAAAACUGCACACUGAUAGUAUUAUCGAAUAUAAAGAACAAAAUCGACAUGCUUGAAAAUAUACAAGAUGCUUUAAAAAAUAACGGUUUCAUCAUCGCGAAAGAACCCACUGUUGAGGACAUGGCUGACUACAAAAAUUUAGGAUUCAAUGUCUGCUUCAGUCGUAAAAUCAACGAUUCGGAAAAAAUCCUGCUCUUGAACAAGUUGACGAAGAAUGAACCAAUUUAUAAAGCUGUUGAAGUGAAACGAGAUUCGUAUACUUGGAUAUCGGACGUUCAAAAUGAACUGAAAACUAUCGAAACUGCAAUAAACCAACAAUUGGUCCUAUACGCGGAAAACGACUCAACCAAUGGAAUAUUAGGGUUUUUCAACUGCAUAAGAAGAGAAGAAAACGGGAAACAACUAAGGUGUGUCUAUAUGAUGGACGACGAAGCAGCGAAUUUUUCUCUGGAAAAUUCAUUCUACACAUCGCAAUUGGAUAAAAAUCUGUCACACAACGUUUACAAGAAUGGAACUUGGGGUUGCUACCGUCACUCAAAAGUUGAACUAUCUGAAAAUGUGGAAACCUCUUAUGCGCUUUGUGCAUUGAAGGAACGUGGAAAUCUAUCAUCAUUCGAAUGGGUAGAAGCACCAUCAACUUAUCUCAGGAAUGAAAAUCUAGACAGAAAUUUGGCUCAUGUAUACUACAGCAGUUUGAAUUUUCGUGAUAUUAUGAUGUCAAUUGGUAGAAUUUCUGCUUUGGAUACACCUUUUUAUAAUCGUAUACUGGAAAGUAAUCAAGGAUUUGAAUUUUCUGGAAAAGAUAAAAACGGAACACGUAUAAUGGGGUUGGUGAAUUAUGCAGCAAUCGCAACAAUGGUACAAACUCUUCCCACUACGACUUGGAAAGUGCCAGCUCAUAUGACAUUAGAAGACGCAGCCACCAUUCCAGUAGUAUACGCCACGAUCAUUUUCGCCUUCUUUUUCAAAAUAAAUUUACGACCAGGAUCGUCUGUACUUAUACACGCUGGAAGUGGUGGUAUUGGGCAAGCAGCCAUAAACCUUUGUCUGUACUACAAAUGUACCAUUUUCACCACCGUUGGUACUCCUGAAAAAGUGGAUUUCAUUAGAAAAACAUUCCCACAAAUUCCAGAAAGUCAUAUUGGUAACUCAAGAGAUGCGUCUUUUGAGACAUUAAUCAAAAAACAGACAGAUGGUCGAGGAGUCGACGUAGUUUUGAAUAGUUUAUCUGACGAUAAACUCCAAGCAUCAGUACGUUGUUUGGCCACCCAUGGACAUUUUUUGGAAAUUGGAAGAUACGAUAUGAUUAAAAACAAUCCAUUAGAACUGGGACAUUUCGUGAACAACAUCUCAUUUCAUAGCAUACAAUUAGACGUAAUAAUGAAAACCAGCCCUAAACUGACUUGUGAACUUCGAGAUAAGCUGCAAAAAAUGCUGGAUAAAAAAAUAAUCAAACCAAUACAAAGGACGAUUUUUCAAGCAGAUGAAGUCGAAUCCGCAUUCAGACACAUGGCAAGUGGAAAGCACACGGGAAAGAUUUUGAUAAAAAUACGGGAUGAAGAUGACCAAGAUUACGUCAAACCGAUCCCAAUAAAAAUGAAAGCUAAACCUCGAGUCGUGUGUCAAAAAUCCGACAGCUAUAUUAUAAUAGGAGGUUUGGGUGGACUUGGCAUGGAACUGGCUGAUUGGCUGAUUGUACGAGGUGCUCGUAAUAUCGUACUGAGCUCGAGAACAGGAAUCAAGAAUGGUUAUCAAUCAUACCGAAUCAAACUAUGGCGCUCGUACGAUGUCAGAGUAAUCAUAUUUACAGAAGAUGUAACCCAAGAAAUAGGUGUAAGAAAUCUGUUUCAAAAGGCUAAUUCUUUGGGCCCAGUAAAAGGGAUAUUUAAUCUUGCAGUGGUCCUCAAAGACGACCCAUUUUCUGAACAAACCGAAGAACACUUCAGAAUAGCUAAUGAGCCAAAGGCAUUUAUUACAAGGCAUCUGGAUAGUUUAAGCAGGAGAAUGUGCCCAGAACUGAAAUACUUCGUCGUGUUUUCUAGCGUAGUAUGCGGUUUAGGCAAUCCAAAACAAACCAACUAUGGUUACGCUAAUGCUGAGAUGGAAAGGAUAUGUGAAAGAAGGCAUGCCGAUAAUUUACCCGCUUUGGCUGUCCAGUGGGGAGCUGUAGGAGAUGCUGGUAUCGUUGCUGAAAUGGUAGAACAAAAUGUAUCCAACAUAACAAUUGCUGGAACAUUGCAACAAAAACUCAAAUCUACUUUGGAAACGUUGGAUUUAUUCAUGCAACAAACAUCGAGUCCUAUUGUAGCCAGUAUCGUGAUAGCUGAAAAACGUCGACAUGAUUCAGACAUAAUAAACGCUGUUGCGAAUAUUUUGGGCAUUAAGGACCUUAAAACCAUCAAUCAGUCGUGGACAUUGCCGGAAUUAGGCAUGGACUCUAUUUUGGGAAUCGAAAUUAAACAAAUUCUCGAAUCCGAAUUCAACGUGAUCUUUAGUCCUGAAGAUUUACGAAACUUGACUUUCGUUAAAUUACAUCAAAUGAAGCAGGAUAAAGAAAAUAAUUCCAAAUCAGGGGUAAAACCACAAUCUCAGCUUGAAAUCGCUAUGGACGAGGUACUUUUGAAUAAAAGCAUUCAUCGGAUCCCAUUCGAUGAAAAUGGCAUCGAGAAACCUAUUACAUUCGAUGAAAAUCCAACCAUGUUCGUGUUUCCUGGAAUCGAAGGAUUAGCUAUUGGAAUGGAGUCACUGGCCAAAAAUCUACCCGGACAAGUGCUCUGCUUUCAAUACCAUUUUGGCGAAGUUGUUAAUUAUUCGAUUGAACAAACACUGGAUUAUUUCGCCAAAUACAUUUUGGAAAAUUGUAACAACAAAGAUGGCGAAUUUCAUCUCAUCGGAUACAGUAUGGGUGGACUAUUCGCAUUGGGAGUGGUUGAAAUUCUAGAAAAAUAUGGAAAAAAGGGGCAUCUUUACAUUAUAGAGUGUUCUCCUGCAUUUUGGGGACAGCAAACGAUGAAAUUAUCGAACGAGCAAACAGAAAAUCAAGCAUGUUUAUUCCUGCUGCAAUAUUUUCUGCCAACAAUGGAUACGAAAGAAUACGUUGAAUCGAUUGAGAAAAUGAAAGACUGGCAAUCCAAGAAGAACCUAUGUUUAUCGUUACUAUCACCAAAGUCGUCCAAUGAGAAAACAAUGAAUCAAUUAUUCGACAGUUUUUACCAUAAAAACAAAGCGUUACACGAAUACGAAGUUUCUCUAGCAUCGCUCGAAUCACCAUGUGUUCUGAUCAGAUGCCUGGAGAAUCCACUAGAUUCGGACGAAGCUUAUAGUUUAUCUAAGUAUUUCAAAAAUCCGAUACAAAUUCAAAAGAUCGAUGCUGACCACGUGAGCAUUUUGCAACAUUCAAAAACUGCGGAAAUUAUAAAGCAAUUUUCAUCGAGUUCGAGGGAAAAUUGACAGAUCUACGUAUUUGUAUCGAUUUUUGAGAAAGAAUAGUUAUGUAUGUACUAUGUAGAACCUGAAUGUGUACAAUGCAAUGAAUAAUAAAAAUUACAAAUAUAAAUAUGCA